AUGCAGGAUCAAGGACAACGACCACGUCAGGAAGAUCGAUAUGCGUUUAUAACUCCACAAGGCUUCCCUGCCUGCGAUCACAGACAAUUUGCGUUCUUUGCAGUCUACGAUGGACAGCCUUUUCCCAACGGUGGGCCUAAUAUCUCGGAUCACGCAAGCGAACAUCUUCAUUUAAACCUUAUUUCAUCGCCCGCCUUCCAAGCUGGCGACUGUGAAAAUGCUAUCCGUGGUGCGAUAGACGCGGAAGAGAAUCAGCUAAUCGAAGGAUUCGCAUCGAGUGGAAAUGACGCUUCAACUAGUGGUUCAACGGUUGCCUUGGCCCUAGUUGAUUUGAAUAAGGGAGAGGUGGUUAUUACGAAUUUGGGAGAUUCACAUAUUGUAUUAGGAGAGCUGGAAUGGACUGGAGGGAAACUCACGUACAAGGUAAAAAGGCUAACGACAGCGGAUAAUCCCGAUGUGCUGGAAGAAAAAUCUCGAGUCGAAGCUGCUGGCACCAUAAAGAUGUCCCGCGCGCUCCGGGUUCUACAAUAUAAAAAACCACUGAACGAUGAAGAUGCCGCACGAGACUUCAUAUCGAGCCAACCCCACAUAUGUCUCCUCAAACCUAAUCCCGACAUUUUAAGCGUCCUCAUCAUAGCCACGCAUGAUGUGCGGACUGUUGAUGAGCAUACGCUGGUCGAAUUUAUUGGCCAGCAAAUGGAAGAGGGGCAUGAUGCAGGGAGCAUUUGUGAGAAAUAUUACACAAAAAUGUGCAUCAAGAAAACAAGCAGGUAA